GCUGCGGCCUCGCUCUGCUCAGCCCAAGGGCAGCCUCAUCUCGUCUCUCACGCCAACAUGUCCUGCUACGACCUGUGUCCUCCCCGCACCAGCGUGGCCGUGCCCCAGCCCAUCGCUGAGAGCUGCAACGAGCUGUGCGCCCGCCAGUGCCCCGACUCGUCGGCCUUGAUCCAGCCGCCGCCCGUGGUGGUCACCUUCCCCGGCCCCAUCCUCAGCUCCUUCCCCCAGCAAGCCGUGGUGGGCUCCUCCGGAGCCCCGGCCUUUGGCGGCUCCCUGGGGCUGGGCGGCCUCUACGGCGCCGGCGCCACCCAGGCCUCGGGGGGCCUGUGCACCUUUGGCAGAGCCUACGCUGCUCCCGCCUGCAGCCCUUGCGCCUUGCCCCGCUACAGCAAGAAGCUCUGGGACACCUGCGGGCCCUGCUAGAGCCGCCAGAGGGCUUUUUUAUGUGUCAGCAAUGGAGAAAUCCCGAUAUUUUUCAUCCCAUUACUGUCGCCAUUAGUGUUUUCUUUAAACCUCUUCUUUUCCGUUGCUUAUUAUUUUGCUUUAUGUCCAGUUUGAGCAUCUAAUUCUUUAUAUUCUCUUUUAGUAAUGUGUUAUGUAUAAUAAUUUCAUUGUUCUUUCCUUAUCUUUGAUCUUUAUUUUUUAUGUCGUUUAUAUCAACCUCAUGUUUUAUUUCCAUUUAUUUAGCUCUGAUUGUUGAGAACUGCAUAUUUUAAAAAUUUUGGCUUCAGUUGUUCUGUUCUCUAUGUCGUCCUUGUUUUU